UCCAUACCAGUCUUACGAUUCUCACCAAAUCAUAUCCGAUAUCACAACCGAAAUAACCAACCCCUUAAACGAACAAAAACAAAAUGUCUAUCAAAUCAGCCUCCAAAUAUUCAAUAAUCUCAAUUAUAUCUUUACUCAGCUUAUCAUUCUUCCUCCAAGGAACUCAUGGAGACGACGGAGGUUGGCAAGGUGGCCACGCUACGUUCUACGGCGGCGAAGAUGCUUCCGGCACCAUGGGCGGAGCUUGUGGCUAUGGAAAUUUGUAUGGCCAAGGUUACGGGACGAACACGGCGGCUUUAAGUACGGCUCUAUUCAACAAUGGACUCACGUGUGGCGCGUGCUAUGAGAUGAAGUGUAACGAUGACCCGAGGUGGUGUCUCGGGUCUACCAUCACCGUCACAGCCACUAACUUUUGCCCACCAAACCCUGGCCUCUCCAACGAUAAUGGAGGUUGGUGCAAUCCUCCUCUUCAACAUUUCGACCUAGCCGAGCCAGCUUUUCUCCAGAUCGCUCAGUAUCGUGCCGGCAUUGUUCCUGUCUCUUUCCGAAGAGUACCAUGUAUGAAGAAAGGAGGAAUAAGGUUCACGAUCAAUGGGCACUCAUACUUCAACCUCGUUCUAAUCUCCAACGUAGGAGGGGCAGGAGACGUACAUGCUGUCUCGAUCAAAGGCUCAAAAACACAGUCAUGGCAAGCAAUGUCUAGAAAUUGGGGACAAAACUGGCAGAGCAAUUCUUACAUGAACGACCAAAGCCUUUCCUUCCAGGUCACCACCAGCGAUGGUCGCACACUCGUUAGCAAUGACGUGGCUCCUUCUAAUUGGCAAUUUGGACAAACCUACCAAGGCGUGAUGGUUACUGACGGCAAAGAAGUUGCUUUCAAGUUGUCCGAUUAUUGCGUGCUUAAGAUCUCUCAAGGCGACAUCACAAAUUGGUCCGUCGAUGGCUCCUCCGAUGCUAUUGUUAAUCCAGCAAAUGAGCGUAUGUUAGGUGGUAAUGGUGCAGAUGGAGCCAUUCAUGACGCUGCUGGGCCACAGUUGCGAGCAGCAUGUUAUGAAGUCCCCGAAGUUAGUCCCGGAGUCCGUUGUCCCACCGGAGAAGCAAGAAUUACGCGGGGUUUCAACCUGCCUGCAUCUCAUGUGAUUCACACGGUUGGACCCAUUUAUAAUGCCGAGAAGAAUCCUAAAAAACUCCUAGAAAGUGCUUACAAGAAUAGUCUGCGAGUGGCUAAGGAGAAUAACAUUCGCUACAUAGCAUUUACUGCGAUAUCUUGUGGUAUUUUCAGGUAUCCUUUGGAGGAAGCUGCUUCUAUAGCUAUCUCCACUGUUAAGCAAUUUAGUAAAGAUUUUAAAGAGGUGCAUUUUGUUAUGUUUACCGAAGAAACAUACACGGUGUGGCUGAACAAGGCAAAAGACUUGCCACCUCCACCACAAGGCCGCAACUUCUCCCCCUCGCCGAAGACAACCACAACUCGAUUCUUCAUUUGGAGUCUCCCUAGAUUACUUCAUUCGAGCUCGAUCCUUAGACCAACUUCGUGUUCCUCCAGAGCUUCUCUGAUCUCCGCCACCUCCUUGGUCGCUUCUUCUUCGUCUACUCUCUCUUCUCCUACGAGGACUUCUCGCUUGACAACUGUAUCAUCAUCAAUGCCUUCUGGUGACGAAGGAGCUGUUUUCAAUUUGUCAGAUUCUAGCCUUCUUAAGAUUGUUAAAGGAGACAUCACCAAGUGGUCCGUUGAUUCCUCCUCCGAUGCUAUUGUCACUCCAGCAAAUGAGCGUAUGUUAGGUGGUGGUGGUGCUGAUGGAGCAAUACAUAGAGCUGCUGGGCCACAACUCAGAGCUGCAUGCUAUGAGGUUCCUGAAGUUCGUCCUGGAGUCCGUUGUCCAACCGGAGAAGCAAGAAUUACUCCGGGUUUUAACUUGCCUGCAUCGCGUGUGAUUCACGCCGUUGGACCGAUCUAUGACUCAGAUGUCAACCCUCAAGAAUCCCUCACAAAUGCUUACAAAAAUAGUCUGAGAGUUGCAAAGGAAAACAACAUCAAAUACAUAGCAUUUCCUGCCAUAUCUUGUGGGAUUUACGGAUAUCCUUUUGAUGAAGCUGCUGCGAUCGGUAUAUCAACCAUCAAACAGUUCUCUAAUGACUUUAAAGAGGUACAUUUUGUUUUGUUCGCUGACGAUAUAUUCAGUGUGUGGGUAAACAAAGCAAAGGAGGUGCUACAAAAAGCCUAAGAUUCCACCAGCGGCCAAAUAUACGCCCAAAUAAUCCCCAAACCAUCACACAUUAAAAUUAAGCAUUUGUGCCUUGUGAUUGUUCGUUACAUUUAGAUUUUGUAAUAAAGAAAAUUUUGGGGUUUUUGUUAAGGAUUCAUGAAUUCUUAAUAAGAAACUCAUCUUACA